AUGCCACCAGCGAAAUCCCACACAGACCCGCCACGGAGCAAGAAGCGCCGGAUCAACUUUGCAUGCAACUAUUGCCGAGCCAGGAAAACCCGUUGCGACGAGCGGAAGCCGUAUUGCAAUGCCUGCCAGGCCGCCGGUGUGCAUUGCGUUACUACUGAUAAGCGAAGGCCAGACAAGUCGGUUGACAGGCAUGAAGCAGGACGACAACGCCGCUCUACCCCUUCAGUAUCAGAUGAUGCUUCUCCGGUCAAUCAAUUGAUACCAAAAGACGAUGCUGGUCAGCAACUUACGAGCUAUUCCCCUGGCCGACUUAGUUUCCCAACUAACUUGGCGCUUCCAGAGAUCGGGUAUGUGGAUGAUCUUGAAAGCCAGCAUCAAAUCCCCAACCAUGGCGAUAAAGAUGGAGAUGAAAGUCCUUUGAAUCAACCAUCACCUUCCCGAUUUCAGGGUAGACUGCCUUUGGUGGGAAAGACCAUCGGGAACUCGUCUGUUGAGAUAGCCAGCGACUGGUUAGAUCUGGCGCUAUACCGGCUCGGUCUCCGGCAGGUUCCUACGAAGUCCUGGGAACAUCGCAGAACAGACAUGAUGAGCCUUUCUGAUGCAAGCCUGUUUGACCAAUGGGAACUCCCUAAUCAGGUAUCUCCAAAUGAACUCUUAGAGUGCUUCUUCCAAGGUCCCAACUUGAUCUUCCCUCUGCUUGAGUGGAAGGAGUGCAUGGCGGGUUUGGAACAAUGUCUUAACUCAAGCUUCUUCGAGUUUGUUCAAAGGAAUGGACCGUCACGGAUCUUGCAGCUUUUGGCCGUCCUCGUCUUGGGUUACAUCUCAGGCCCUCACCAAAUUUCCGGGUUUAAUGUUGGAUGUUACCUCAAUCGUUGUAGAACAAUGCUUGGGCAUGUCAUGAGAUACCCGAGUAUUGCAACUCUCAAGAGCCUCAUAUUAUUUUUACUGGCAUUGAAAUCCAGUAACAAGCUGCUGGAGGCAUGUCACACCGUCAUCCUUGCCGCGUCGAUUGCAACAUCCUUGGGAUUGAACCAGCAAACGACCCGUUCCCCGGAACGAACAUCUCUUGAAUACCCCAUGGCUCAGGAAAAGAAGAGGCUCUGGGUCUAUGUAUACACAAUUAAGAAACUACUAGCCUUUGAACUUGGGCGUCACUCAAACCUUCGAGAUAUUCAAGAGGCCGAACUACCUGAUACACUCGGUUGCAAAGAGCUUUUCGAGUUGGCGAGGUUGCUGAGUGGUAUCGGCAAAUGGUCUGUCCGUGCGAGCAGGCAAGACGAAACAGAUCGAGACGACGAGCUCUAUCAGUCAAUUUGUGACUUACUCAUUAGUAAAGAAGCCCUCCAGUCGGCCGUGGGCGUAAUAGCCAAAGAUAAGCCAUGGUACUCGGUCAUACGAAAUGGCCAGUCGAUGGUAGCCGAUGCUGCGAGGAAGACUCUGCGACUCGUUAUCGAAGGUGUAGACUCCGAUUUCAACGCCGCUUUUUCGUCACUGACUGCACCCCUCAACUCUUUGGCGACUCUGGUAGUUUCAAUCAUCACCAGGUCAAGGUCGCACGUGGCGGGAACGGAUUUGAGUUUGAUUGAAACUGCUGCCAAUGCCUUGAGGGAGCUACACUGCUGGAAUAUCAGGGGCAACAAUGAUCUGGGAUCGUUACUUGAUCGGCUUGUUAGGCUUUCAAUUGAUUCAAUCAAAGCUGCAAGGCAUUCUAGAGCAGCAGCUUCGUCAAUAGGUGCGAGUGAAGGCCGAAUCCCUUUGUUGAGCAUCCGGUCUGAGCCGCGAUCAGGUGGACCAGACCAGACGGGAGGUAUGAGCUGGCCAGUAACAGCCUCUUUAUGCGGUUCUCAAGACGAGCUGCGAGUAGGGAGCCUCUUCGGCGACGGAUCCCAACUCUGGAUGCUAAAAGAUGACGAUGUGAUGUGGUUCGACAAUUGGACUUCGACUUUUCCCGACGAGAUCAGCUGGGACUGGUCGAAAUUUCCGCAGAUAUUCCAGUCCCAAGCUCAAUCAAGCGGCAUAGAAGACCCUGAACUUAUUUCAGCAAAUGAGAACUAA